AUGGAAGAAUCUCGCUCAUCUGCUACGGGAUACCAGCACGGAGCACUCGGGGUCCAGACCGCGAAUAGGGGGCACCUCCACGACAAAUCAUCACCACAAAGUAGCGCCGAGUCCCACGAGCACCCAUCUGCAAUUGAGUUUCAACCAACUGAAUCAUACCUGCGACGCUGGCGACCCUCGCCGCAGAAACUGGGCGGCCGUCACGCAAAGCAACCACAACUCAACCCCAAGGCCACCCGGCGGCCCAAUGCCCAGCGUCGAACUGCCUCAGCUCGCCGCGGCGGCGAAAGCCUCUCGGGCAUCAGUCUGUGCGCAGCAGAGCCCGUCACACGCCUCGUCCCGUGCGUAGCAGCCAGAUCUCACUGCUGA